AUGGCUCUGAGGAAGACAUUUUGUUGUUUAUGGACCUUAGGUCUGUGUCUGGUAGUCGGUAAAUCUUCCCUAGUCCCAUCCAUCACAGAUCCGUACUUUAUAGACAAAUGCGUCAGUGCCCACAACGAAUGGCGUGGCAAAGUCAGUCCCCCCGCGGCCAACAUGAAAUACAUGAGUUGGGAUAGUGGUUUAGCGAAGAUGGCUAAAGCAUGGGCAAACAACUGCAAGUUCCAACACAACAGCUGUUUAACUAAAUCAUAUGCAUGUCAUGAAGAUUUCGAGUAUGUUGGAGAAAAUAUCUGGUUAAGUGACAAAGAAGCAUUAACACCAGAACUUGCUGUUGCUUCUUGGUAUAAUGAAACUGAAUUUUAUGAUUUUGACAGUCUAUCAUGUUCCAAAGAUUGUGGCCAUUACACACAGGUGGUAUGGGCCACUUCAGAUAAAAUUGGUUGUGCAGCUGCAAUUUGCCCUAAUCUUGGGGAUAUUUCAACUACAAUAUUUGUAUGCAACUAUGGACCUGCAGGAAAUUUUGCAAAUAUGGCCCCAUACAAGAAAGGAGCAUCUUGUUCUCUGUGCUCUAAAGGAGAGAAAUGUGUACAGAAACUCUGCAGGACUCCAAAACUUAUUAUACCUAACAAAAAUCCAUUAAUGAAGCCAAUGGGGAAAGCACCUCAGCGGAUACCCUUUAAUCUAUUCAGCCUAAGUUUUAUUCUUCUAAGAAUCUUUUAA